AUGGUUAACUUAAGUGAAUUACGUAGAACCAAUUGUACUGAUGCUGAAUGGUAUGAAGAUUGUAAAAUGCCACAAGUUCGUGAUAAUGAAACGCCCAGUGAGUGGAUGGAUCGAAUUUGGCCUCGCUUACAGUAUUUCAGAAAGAAUGAUCUUUUGCCUACUGAAAGCAAAAAAUAUCUUGAAGCUAGGAAAUUGUUAAUAUAUACUGGAGAACGGACUGCAAAUAUAGGUAAUUAUAAUCAUAUAGGAAUGGAAAGACAUUGGAAAUUUUCAUGUUCCGGUAAUAAAUACUGUGGUGUAAAUUAUGAUGAAUAUUUGAAAAUCAAGCAAAAAUCCAAUUCUGCAUAUAGCAGAGCUAGUGUCUCGACACUUAAUUUUAAUGAUAUAAAAAUCGAACGUGCAAGAGAAAUUGGUAAAAAGAUUCGAGCUGCAAAGGUCAUACAACAGAAAUGGUUAGAACUCUUCUACAGACCAGAAGGCAUGUGUGCUAUUCAAUUAGCUCAACAUUAUCAAUUAUUAUGGGCGGUUCGAGAAGAGAUGUGUCAAAUUAACAAUGUAUAG